AACGCGAUCGGUUUUACCCUAACUUAAAAAAAGAACAGCACAACUCUAUCGAAAAUAACUUAGGUUGUGUUGUGUACCUGUAAUUGAUAAGUGCCCUAACAUCGUGAUAAGUAACAAAGUCGAUGGAGUAGAAAAACAUGACUCGUUUAAUUAAAUGCAAGUAUUUAGAAGACAAUCUGUUAUUAUUGGGACAUAUAAAAAGCUAAGCACGCCUCGAAACUGUCGCACAAAAUGAGACAAUCUAUUCGAAUUGACAUCCUGCCCGUCGUUUUUACCGUCAUCAUUCUCGGUUGCGUCUUCCCCGUUCGCGCCAUUAAUAUCACCGAAUGCGGUAGCAACGAAAAUGGGGAAUACAUGAACAUCACUCGCUCGGAUUGUAACUACACUGUGAUAUUUUGUAAUGGCCAGAACUCACAGUUCUGCGACGCAAUCGAUAUGUGUGAUCCCUCUUACAAUUGCCCUGAAGCCACCGAUAUAAGCGUCAGUACAACAAUUGGAACAACAUUUAGUACAUCGAAUGGAUCAACAUUCAGCACAUCGGUUGGAUCAACAGUCAGCACAACGCCACGAUCGACCACGACAGGAACUCCAGCAGAGGAUAUACGUGCGAAAUGUAGGCGAGGGAUUACAGCAAAAUAUAAAUAUCCCGGCAAUUGUAAUUAUUACUAUUACUGUCUUGAGGGAUUUCUGAUUGUGGAGCAGUGCCCCUUCGGCUUUGUCUUCAGCGAGGAGACAAAAGCAUGUUCGAGGCUAACGCCAGACUAUCAGGGUUGCAAGUGAUGCGGGAGGAGUU